AUGGGAAACAAUGGGAUGGAAGAAGAGCUCAUAGAAUCGUGGUGCAAUAUCAAAGCUCAACCCGGUGCCAAGAGGUUAAUUAAUCAUUUGAGGAGUCAUGGAGUGCCAAUGGCGUUGGCUUCCAAUUCUCCAGAUACGAAUAUUGAAACCGAGAUAUCUUAUCAUCAGGGCCAGGGGUUACUGCUGGUAAGACUGCUGGAAUGGAAGUUGUUGCGGUCCCAUCCUGUCCUAAAAAAUCCCAUCUUUUUGCUUCUGCAGACAGUCAUUAAUUCUCUUCUAGAUCUACAACCCGAAAAGUGUGGCCUACCUGCAUUUGAAGACUGGAUGGAAGGUACUUUGCCAAUGGAACCUUGGUGCAUUGGUGGUCCUGUCAUCAAGGGCUUUGGACGCGGAUCAAAGGCAAACUUUCCUUCGCUCGAUAGCCUGGUAGCGAAGAUCCAUGUGGACAGGAAAAUCGCGGAGAAUGCUCUUGAACUUCCUCUUUAUUCAAAGUACAAGGAGCGAAAAAUGGCUUCCGUGGAACGCGAGCCACCGGGAACUGACGGACCCGAACCUGGACGCAAACGACAGAAAGUAAUGGUUACUGAAUCGGAUGCAAUCCGCCCGCCGGUUCUUCUUAACCCCGCUGAUUGCGAUAUAGAUUUUAAUAUUGAAGGAAAUGGUCUGCAAGGCUCCGCCAUUUAUGAAGAAGGAUUUUCUUACUGUUGGUCUGGUGCUCGGGCCAAUAAGGGAAUCACUGGGGGUAAAUACUGUUUUGGUUGCAAAAUAGUUUCAGCUCAGCCAGUGGAUAUGAGAGAUACUCCAAUAGAGCAGCAACAUGUUUGUCGCCUUGGCAUAUCAAGAGGUGAUGAUGCAGUGGGAAACCUUGGCGAGACUGCUCACAGUUUUGGUUUUGGAGGCACUGGAAAAUUUUCUAAUUAUGGAAAGUUUUCUGGUUAUGGUGAAAAUUUUGGGGUUGGAGAUACUAUAAUUUGUGCUGUGGACCUCAAAAAUAAGCACAUGGCUUCCAUUGGUUUUUCCAAGAAUGGAAAGUGGUUAGGCAUAGCAAAGCAUUUUGAUGCAGGUCCAAGGGGUCUCGGAGUGGUUAAUUCUUCAAUCAAAAAGUUGCAAUGGGAGUCGGCCCUUUUCCCACAUAUUUUACUGAAAAAUGUAAUAGUUCAGUUGCAGUUCAGCAUUGAAGAUGGGCUAGUUCCUGAAGAAGGCUACAAACCUUGGUCUUCUGCCAUUGAGGAUGGGAACACAGUCCUAGGACCUUCCUUUUCAAAGGGUGAUUGUGAAGUGAUAAUGAUGGUGGGAUUACCUGCUUCUGGCAAAACUACUUGGGCAGAAAAUUGGAAGAAAGAGCAUCCAGAAAAACGAUAUGUUCUGCUUGGUACAAAUUUAGCACUGGAACAAAUGAAGGUACCAGGUUUACUGCGCAAGCAUAAUUACGGUGAAAGGUUUGAGCGUUUGAUGGACCGUGCAACUGGCAUUUUUAAUACUCUCUUGUCCAGGGCUUCCAAGAUACCUCGGAAUUUCAUAAUUGAUCAAACGAAUGUCUACAAGAGUGCACGUAAACGUAAACUGAAGCCUUUUGCUGACUACAGGAAGAUUGCUGUCGUGGUUUUUCCAAGACCUGAAGAGUUGAAAUUCCGUGCUGCUAAGAGAUUCAAAGAAAUGGGAAAGGAAGUUCCUGCUGAGGCUGUUAAUUCGAUGUUGGUCAAUUACAGUUUGCCCAAGAGCAAGGACAUGCAUGGGACAGAUGAGUACUUUGAUGAGGUUUUGUUCACGGAACUCAAUAGAACCGAGUCACAGAGGUACUUAGAAGAGAUGAAAAGAGAGAUGAAUGCAAAUCGUGACGUGUCCCGUUAUUCUAAUGAAACUUCUACGCGGUCAUAUUGUACUUCGUUACAACUUGGUCACGGGGCCUCAGUUCAGUCACAUUCUGGCUUUUCAUUACAAAAUCAAAGCUGCCCACCAGGAGUAGGUGGUCACUGGAAUAGUUCAUACCCCUCCCAGCCUCCCUCUGGAGGCCCUUAUGGAUCCUAUUAUUCAAGCCCUUCUGUUUGUGAGUCGAGGCAAGAUUUUGAUCACAAAGGAGGAAGUCACAGUGGAGGUUUUGGUGAACUCUAUCGAAGUUAUGGAGGAGGUAAUGCACACAACUUUGCUGGUGUGGAAAACGGAAGUUUCUUACCUGGGGCUACAACUGAUCCUAGCCGAAGCGGCACCGUCAAUCACUAUUCUGAAACAACUCCAUCGUCGUACCACACUUUCCAUAGAUAUUCCAUUGGCUCUCAAGGCCCACCGCCCAGUCUGUCAGUUACGAGGCCUCCUGCGUAUCACUUCAGUACACCCUCAACAACACAUGGUUCGUAUCCGACUACAAUUCCCGGGCCUCCCUAUGACAACUUUCUCACGAAUUCGCAACCUCGUCUGCCGCCUCCCCCUGUAAAUUUUCCUACAGGCUUGCCAAGUCCUGGAGUUUUUCCCCCGCCUCGUUCAGAAGAAGGUCCUGGAAUAGAAGGCUUUCAAAUUGUUGGGGAUGCUAAACCAGGAUGUAAACUCUUAGGCUGUGGAUAUCCUGUAUGCGGAACUUCUCUUUGUGCCACUAAUCCAGAUUAUGUAGUGACAGCCGAUGAUGUGGACAAAUUUAAAGCCGUUGAAUGCAUACCAAUGAAUGAACAAGGACGACAGGGUAUGAUUGCAUUCGAAUUUUCCAUAAAUGUAAAGAUGGAUCAAAUGGAGUGA